ACACGCACGCAGCGCCCGGACCCGCUGCCACUGCACGGCGAGCGCUGCCCGGCUGCGGGUGCCAGGGAUGCGCUGAGCCCCCCCCCGCCCCCGGCGCGGGGACAUCGCAGCGGCCGAGGCGCUCCCCGGGGCCACCGCUGCGGCACGAUGCCGUCCCCGGUGCCCUGAGAGCUCGGCGAUGGACCGAGGUGUCGGGCGGCACCUCCGGAGAGGCAGCGUGCACCAGGCGUGCUGAACCGCAGCGGUUUGGACAUCGCCUCCUCCUCCUCCUCCUCCUCUCCGUCCCCCGGCUUUCCUUUCCGUCUCGUUCCCUCCGCCCAAUGUGAUCGGCCCCGAGUCCGGUGGCGAGGCGGGGGGCACACAGAUGCCUCGCCGGCGUUUCGACCGCCCGGGACCGCGGUCGCGUCCCGGCGGGCAGCAGCUCGGCGGGGCUGAGCCCAUGCGCUCGGCUCUGCUCCUGCUGCUGCCCUUGUUAGCGGCCGCCGCCGGGCUGAGCCUACAGCAGGCCAGGAUGCGGCACCUGGGGGUGUGCCCCAACCAGCUGAACCCCAACCUGUGGGUGGAUGCGCAGAGCACCUGCGAGCGGGAGUGCCAGGCAGACCAGGACUGCGAGGGCUUUGAGAAGUGCUGCACCAACGUGUGCGGGCUGCGCAGCUGCGUGGCCGCGCGCUUUGCCGACGGCAGCCUGCUGGCGCUGGAGUUGGGCCGCGGGCCGUCCUGCGAGAGCUUCGUGUGCGCCCAGCAGGGCUCCGACUGCGACAUCUGGGACGGGCAGCCCGUCUGCAAGUGCAAGGACCGCUGCGAGAAGGAGCCCAACUUCACCUGCGCCUCCGACGGCCUCACCUACUACAACAAGUGCUACAUGGACGCCGAGGCCUGCCUGCGUGGCACGCGCCUCACCACCGUGCCGUGCAAGCACGUCUUCACCUGGCCCGACACCAGCCCGGUGCCGCGUGAGACCACGGCCCGGCCCACCCCGGGAGCGGGCCCCGAGCCGCCGGUGCCGCCCGCGCUGUACAGCAACCCCUUCCACCAGUCGGUCCGCGCCGGCGGCACCGUCAGCUUCCGCUGCGACGUCAGCGGCCGCCCGCGGCCCGACAUCACCUGGGAGAAGCAGAGCGACCGCGCCGAGAACUUCAUCAUGCGGCCGGACCAGAUGUACGGCAACGUGGUGGUCACCAACAUCGGGCAGCUGGUCAUCUACAACGCGCGCCACGAGGACGCCGGCAUCUACACCUGCACGGCCCGCAACGCCGCGGGGCUGCUGCGCGCCGACUUCCCGCUGUCGGUGCUGAAACGCGAACCCGGGGCGGCCCCGCGGCCCGGCAGCCCGCAGCCCUUCCCCGGCGCCGAGUGCCUGAAGGAGCCGGACCGGCGGCGCUGCGAGGCCACGGAGGUGCGCUGGCACUUCGACGCCAAGCAGGGCUCCUGCGUCACCUUCCGCUACGGCGGCUGCGGAGCCAACAGGAACCACUUCGAGACGUACGAGGAGUGCCGCGCCGCCUGCGUGGGCAGCGCCCGGCCCACCUGCCUGCUGCCCAUGGUGCAGGGCCCCUGCCAGAACUGGGAGCCGCGCUGGGCUUACAACUACGUCCUCAAGCAGUGCCACUCCUUCGUCUACGGCGGCUGCGAGGGCAACAACAACAACUUCGACAGCAAGGAGACGUGCGAGGACGUGUGCCCCUUCCCCAAGAGCCUGCAGUGCAAGGCCUGCCGCCUGAAGAGCAAGAUGGUGCUGAGCCUCUGCCGCAGCGACUUCGCCAUCGUGGGGCGGCUGAUGGAGAUCGUGGAGGACCAGGACUCCGGCAUCGCCCGCUUCGCCCUCGAGGACGUCCUCAAGGACGAGAAGAUGGGCCUCAAGUUCUUCAACAUCAAGUACCUGGAGGUGACGCUGGUCGACAUGGACUGGAGCUGCCCCUGCCCCAACAUGACGGCCGAGGACGGGCCGCUCAUCAUCAUGGGCGCCGUGCACGACGGCAUGGCCACGCUGGACCCCGGCAGCUACGUGCGGGCGGCCAACGACAAGAGGGUGAAGAAGAUCUACGAGCUGAUGGAGAAGAAAACCUGCGACCUCCUCAACCGCUUCCAGGAUUAG